AUGGAAGUUUAUAAGGAGUUUUAUACUUUUAUAAAGCAUUUCCCUGCUGAUCUAACAAGGUUGAAUGAAAGUGGUAAUGAAAAUCAAAAAAAAAACAAAAAGAAUAAGCAAGAUCCUUCUGUUAAUAAUUAAUCUUAAUAAAAUCAAAAAAAUAACAAAAACUCUCAAAAGGCAAACAAAUCACAAUAAUCAAAAGAAGAAAAUUCAGGUCCUACAAUUAAUGAAUUGAGGUAAAAGUUAUAAAACAAGAUUAAAGAGUAGAGAGAGAAACACUCCUCUAAGAAUCCUGAAAAGAUAAAAAAAGCUAUCUAAAAGGAGAAGGUGAAAUAGUAGAACACUCAAAAGCAAUAAAAGAAGAACCAAAAUAACAAAGACGACAAUAAAGGUGCUUAAACUGGAAAGGGAGGCAAUUAAAAUAAUCAAGCUGCUGAAAAGUAAAAUAACAAUAACAAUAAGAAUUUCAAGAAUAAAGAUCAAAAGAAGCAACACGCUUAACAAAAGUAACACUAAUAGAAUAACAACAAGGCUAACAUUAAGGGAAACAAAAAUAAAGAUUAAAGAUAGAGAGCUGGAUUUGAAGGCAAAAGAAAUAAAAAAUUUAAGCACAAAUGA